UGACGCUUGCCUGCAUUGCGAGUGCGACGGCUCUGCACUGACCCACACUCUUCUCCGCUGGAGAAGGCACAAGCAAAGACGGAUACGAAGUCCGCUUCACAAACAACCGCGACCGCCAUGGCGAGUCUCUCUGCAGAACGGCAUGAGCAUGGAAGCUCUGUCAUCGACUACGAGUUUCUUGCGCCGGCCAACACCAAUCUCUCCAAGUUUAACCUCGAUGAGCUGCUCGCAGGCAUGAACGAGGCCACUGCCAAGUUUGCCAUUCCGCUCGACAAUGACGGCAAGCUCCGCUGCGUCUACAAUCACUGCCAGAGGCGGUUCGACGUCACGUCCGAUGCGGUCAAGGAGGCCGCCGGCAUCGUCGUCCUCGCCCCGCACAUUCUCGCCCACUUUCGCGACCACGCCGCCGCCGGCGGCUCGCUCCUGUACUGGAACAUCAAGCGGCUGAAGACCAAGCGGGUGUACGUUAUGCCCAAGUUGCUCAAACGCAAACGUGAGCCGGUUAUGCCGCCGCCGCCGCGCCUGGUCUCCGCGCCGUCGCCGGCGCUCUCGACCGCCGCCAUCAAGUCGUCGGCCUCGCGCCCGGCGUCAUCGCGGAGCAAGGCGUACCGCUCGCCGUCGCGGACUUUGGCCGAGAGCGCAAGCUCGGCCGGCGGGCACCGCCGGUCCACCACCCUGCCCAAGUACGUCGACGUGCCGGCGAGCAAGGUGCCGGAAGCAUUGGCCGUUAUCGCCGCCCACCAGGACACUCUCACCUCGACCGUCCGCCAGAUCCCAUUCACCAGCGCUGACGGUUCCAUCGCGUACUACGCGGCUAUCAAGACCCGCGCCGGCAAGUACUACUGCCUCCACCCCUCGUGCUCGGCUUCGAUCUCACCCAACAACCUCAAAAAGCAUAUGGGCGUCCACCGGCGCAACGACUGCGGCGGCGCGGUCCCGGUGCCAGACUCGUCGUUUGACGUUGUCGGCCCGCCGCUGCCCAAGCUCCGCUCCGGCGCUGACCUCCCGCCGUCAAAGCGCCACCACGGCCUCUCCGCAGACGCGCGUCGCCCGCCGCUGCGCGCCCUCUCGCCAGCGGCCCGCGCCACCCUGGACAGCUCCGCCGCAGCCGGCAAGUACGCCUGCCCGCUUUCUGCGUGCUCCGUCAUCUCGCCCACCCGCUCGUCUUUUGUGGCCCACAUCGGGACCCACCACGACAUCGAGGUGGCAAAGCCGUCUGCGCGCCGCCGCCUAGCUCACGCCACGGUUGGCGGUGCCCAGGCUGGACCAGAGGCUGAGGCUGAGGCCAGCGCAUCCGCGCCCGUGCCCAUGAACGUCGCCGCCCCUCCUCCGCCGUCGCACACGGCCGUCUGGGGCACCGCCGCCUCGUCAUCGCCGCCAUCGGCCUCGACUCUCCCGGCCGUCGCGCGCUCGUCGAAAUCGCCGACGCCCGAACUGCGCGCAGCCACAGCUACCUCGCCGCCGCAUCCCCCCGCCAAGCCCUCUCCCUCGGUUCUGGUUGCGGCUCCGCCGGCCCAUGCCCGCGCCCGCUCCAAGGCCCGCCACUCGCCCGUUGGCAGCGCCCACAUCCUGCCCAUGCCGACCCCGUCGUCGCCGCUCCCGCUCUCGCGCACUUCCUCGCCCACCAUCGAGGAGGCACGCAGGCGCAUUCCGCACUCCGACUCGAUUGCCUCGCCAAUGCAGGGCAAGCCGGCGUCGGACUCUCCCUCGGGCUCGAUGCCGCGGCUUGCACCCCGCAUCGGAUGACCCGUUUCUGUGUCCCCUCCCCUCCCCACUCGCACAUAUACUCUUUCAUGUUUGAUUCGUCAUCCGCCUCCGCUCCCUCACUUGGCCGCGCUCCCCACCUCUUGCAGCAUCUGCUGGAUGCUCGCGAUGUUCUCCUGCAUCUCGUCGACCGUGUUCGACGUCAGGGUCUCCUUGCGGACGUUCGGAUACAGCUCGUACGCGUCCUGCAGGACGACCUGGAAGAUUUCGGCCUGCAUGUUCUCCGUCACCUUCUUCUUGCUGUAGCCACGAGCCUCCAGCCGCGGGAACAGCGAGUUGGUCUCGGCCACCAGAACCACCACAAGAUCGAACCACCGCUCCGGAAAGUAGUCGCACGACGCAUAGUCCAGAAUGACCCCACCCUCGCCCAUCGCAGCCUCGAUCGAGUCGCAUGCAUCCGCCAGGUUCUCCUCAGUAACGUCAUGGGUAUCAAACUCGGCAUUGUACCCGGCGUUGAAGCCUCUGCAACCGCACACAGCACCAGCACCGAGCACAGCACCAAACACCAGUCCGAGCACAGCCACACGAACAGUACAGCACCAAGCAAACAGCCCCGAG